CUUGACGGUUCGAGGUUAACAUCCAAAACUAACGAAAUAUUCCGAGAGGUUUGCAACAAUUCUGUGCCUCAGUAGAGAUCUAUCAGUACGUUAGGAUGAAACCGACAAUUUUGGUGCUAGUGGCCGUUUUUGGGUUUGCUGCAGCUCAACGGGAGCAAUCGUUGGCAGUCAUCGAAGCCCUUCGACGGGUUCAACCGGUGUAUCGUGAUCUGCAGAACUUUGUGGUCAAUGCUGUAUCGAGUGCCAAGCUGAACAGUUCCCAGGCGGUUUUCGAUUUUCAUGGCAACAUUUUCGCCGCUAAGGAUACGUUUCUGCGAGCUGCCAUCAGUAAGGAAACGGCCACGCUUUUCCAGAUCAACGGGCAAGUUGCCUCGACUCAACCGGCCUGUUUGAAUCUGCUGCGGGAAAGCGUCACAGUCAAUAUGAAUCUGGCUGGAGUAUCCUUCACUAACUGCAUCCUGGCGGUGGACGCCCGAUUAGGGACAGAAAUAAACCAAAUCUAUUCCGAGCUUCAAAUCAACGAAACAGCUUACAUCGACUUCAGCAUCUACGAUGUGUUCCAGCAGCAAAAUAUUUUCAUCAAUCCGGACGUUAUCAUCGAGCUGCUUCAAAGUAAACUCGGUCAGCUGCAGGCACCGCUUGGAUUGAUCCGGGAACUUUCCGACCUAAUCGAUUCGUUCCGCUCCCGGCUUGAAGUGGUCCGAGUGAACUACAACCAGUGUUUGACCACCAACGAUAACUUGCUGCAGACGGCAAUCAGUACCAUUUUGAUUCAGUUACAGCAGAUUUGUUUGGGAUCGUUGAUAGCUACCGGUCCUCCACAACCAGGAACCCCAAUGGGCGUGAUGGGACCUCUGGGACCUCUGGGACCUCAGGCAGUUCAACCGGAAGUAGUUCAGUGGACGUGAUGUGUGAAUUAUGAUAAAAUGGAUGUAACAAGCAUUUUUUGAAUAAACCAAUUUAUAUGUUUUUAA